CUCAGCUGCGGGAGACGAUGGGCAGCCCUCGGCCGGAGGCGGGGACGGGGCCAGGGGCGUUACUGCGGCCCGUGAUGUCACUGUCGCGGCGGACCCCGGCGAUCCCCGGCCAGAUGUGUUGCCCGGCUGCGCGCCGGCGAUCGGAGCAGGCAGCUCGCUCAUGAGUCAUGGACUUCCCCUGGCCCCUCCUCGACCACUCCCACUCUCUCUCAGGCCCCCUCCUUAGGGGCUAACGCGGGCGCGGCGGCUCCGAGGGGGUGGGGCUGCUGGGAAUGGCUGUGCCCCCUUCAGCUUCAGUGCGGUGCUUGCCCUUUUACCUGCGGAGGCAGGCGCCCUGCCCGCAGUGCUCAUGGGGCAUGGAGGAAAAGGCGGCGGGCAGCGCCGGCUGCGGGGAGCCACCAGGGCCCCCGAGGGCCGCCGUCCCGUGCUUCAGCGUCGCGGUGGACCAGGACGACAUCCUCCCCGGUGCCCUGCGCCUCAUCCGGGAGCUGCGGCCGCACUGGAAGCCCGAACAAGUUCGGACUAAGCGCUUCAAAGAUGGCAUCACCAACAAGCUAGUGGCCUGCUAUGUGGAGGAGGACAUGCGGGACUGCGUGCUGGUCCGGGUGUAUGGGGAGCGGACGGAGUUGCUGGUGGACCGGGAGAAUGAGGUCAGCAACUUCCAGAUGCUGCGAGCACACGGCUGCGCCCCCAAACUCUACUGCACCUUUCAGAAUGGGCUGUGCUACGAGUACAUGCAGGGUGUGGCCCUGGGACCGGAGCGUAUCCGAGAGCCCCAUCUCUUCAGGUUAAUUGCCUUAGAAAUGGCAAAGUUUCACACCAUCCAUACCAAUGGAAGCCUGCCUAAGCCCACCCUCUGGCAUAAGAUGCACCGUUAUUUCACUCUGGUCAAGGAUGAAAUCAGUCCCAGCCUUUCUGCAGAUGUCCCUAAGGUGGAGGAGUUGGAACAGGAGCUGGCCUGGCUGAAGGAACACCUGUCCCAACUGGAUUCUCCUGUGGUAUUCUGUCACAACGAUCUGCUCUGCAAGAAUAUCAUCUAUGACAGCGCCAAAGGCCAUGUACGGUUCAUCGACUAUGAAUAUGCAGGGUACAACUACCAGGCUUUUGACAUUGGCAACCAUUUCAAUGAGUUUGCAGGUGUAAAUGAGGUUGAUUACAGCCACUAUCCAUCUCGGGAGAUCCAGCUGCAGUGGCUGCACUAUUAUCUCGAGGCACAAAAAGGGACAGCUGCAACCCCCAGGGAGGUGGAGCGGCUUUAUGCACAAGUCAACAAAUUUGCUCUGGCAUCCCAUUUCUUCUGGGCACUCUGGGCACUCAUACAGAACCAGUACUCCACCAUCAGCUUUGACUUCCUCAGGUACGCAGUGAUCCGAUUCAACCAGUACUUUAAGGUGAAGCCUCAGGUGUUGGCCUUGGAGAUGCCAAAGUGACCAGCCUCCUGUUCCUCCAUGUCCUUCUGCUGCUGGACCUGCUCCCCAGGGUACCCUUCUGCCUUGGAGUUGGCACCAUUGGGGAAGGUGGGCAUCCAUGGAAAAGCCCCCCCACCAGUGGAUGCCAAUGAAGACCUCAUUUUCCUGUUUGGAGAGGCUGAUGAGACCCAGCAUUGUGCCCCCUUCACCCUGCCAAACUUGGAGAGGAAGUGCCUGCAGGGAGCUGGGAGCUGUCCCUGUGAGAGCACACCAUUUUUCAGCCCAAGCCCCCUUGGAGCUUGAGCUGCCUCUGUUUGUCCUUGACUCUUCCUAGUAGGGGAGGGGAAGGGCUCAUUUCUACCUCUGGUGCCCCAGCCUCUAACUGAGCCAUGUAUGCCCCACGUGAGAGGUGCUGAGCUCCAAGCCAGCAGUAAGACAACUCUGCUUGUCAUCUUGGGGGCACAGCUCCCAGCUGGGCCUGACAGCUCCGCCAGCAGCUGCCUCGUCUGAGGCUGAUGACUUCUCCAAGCCAGAUGUUAUCCAGUCACCCCUUCCCCGGCUCCCCUCCUUGUGCUUCUGCUAGGUUCCUGCAGAGGAGAGGGAAUGGUCUUGGGUUGGGGGCAGGUACCAGAGUCAGCAGCCUCCACCUCUUUCCCUUCCAAGGAUCUGUCCAUCUCUGCCUUCGAUUCUGAACUUAACUGAGGUCUUCCCAUUUGGGAAUGAACAGUGAAAGGCAAGGGGCAGAGUCUAGGCAUCUUGAGGUCAGCACAGUUGCCCGAGCAUGGCUAGACACUGAAGGGGUUGCCAGCUCAGUAUCCGCAUCAUCUUAGUCCUUAUGGUUCCUUAGGGGGUCUGGUAUGGACCCUGCCCCUGCUGUGAUCCAUUUGUAAAUGAUCAUGUGUUUCUGCAUUAAAAUGUUUGUUUCUAGGAA